UGGCCUGAUCGUUCCCUAGAUCAAACGGUACACUGCUCUGUACUCUUUUUCAUCCCUCAGUGCACCAAUUGCGAUUGCAUUUCCAGUAUGAAUGAGACCGUUCGAUUUCAAUGUCAUGCGCCUUCGCUCGCAGCGGAUGCGGCAUUCGGGCCAAUCAUUGAUGGUUGCCGAAGCGACUUUACCUUUACAUUUGAACAGUACUUUCUUUCCGUGAUUCCAUCUGUAGUAUUCCUUCUCCUUGCUUCGUUCCGUGUUAAAGCCCUGUGGAAACAAAGGAUUCAAGUUGAUGGCACUAUCCUGCGAUCCAUCAAGCUCAUAUCAAUUGCCUUGUUUGCAACCUUACAAUUGGCAAUAAUCAUCUUAUGGGCAACAACAAAAUUACAUGGAAUUCGCACGCCAGCAACCGUCGCGUCCAGCCUUGGUUUUGCUUCAAGCCUUGCGUUGUUCGCUUUGUCCUAUCUCGAGCAUUCUAGAUCUCCACGCCCAUCGUAUAUUCUGAACGCAUAUCUUUUCAUCUCUCUCUUAUUCGAUAUCGUUGUUUUGCGCACAGUGUGGAUUGCGCUCCCUUCUUUUCAACCAGUUCGCAUUGUGCUGACCUCGUCAUUUGCAUUGAAAACCAUCAUUCUGUUCCUUGAGGCUGUAGAAAAGCGCAAUUAUCUCCGACAUCCUGAAAAUUUGGCCCCAGAGGAGACAAGCGGACUAUACAGCCAGACCUUUCUUUGGUGGAUGAACUCCAUAAUUAGAGAUGGGUAUCGUAGAGUGCUCAAGCCGAUGGACCUCUACCCUGUCAGUCAACGAAUGUCGAGUCAGGUGCUCAGCCAUCAAUUCAAUCAAGAAUGGCACAAAGUCGCAAAGAGCGGACAACAGCCUAGCCUAAUAAAAAUCGCAAUCCGUGUACUCAAGUGGGAACUCAUGGUACCGAUCUUUCCGCGUCUCGCCCUACUUGGUUUUACCUUCUGUCAACCUCUACUUGUCAGUAGGUUACUGGAAUUCCUUCAGAAUUACCGCGAGGAUACCAGCAUUGGCUAUGGAAUGAUUGGUGCUUACGCUGUAGUAUACUUUGGCAUGAGUAUCUCCAACGGACUCUUCCUUCACAGGAGCUUCAAAUUUCUCACAAUGCUGCGCGGCAUGCUUGUCUCAGCUAUAUAUCACAAGACUACAGAGCUUAGCAUUACGGCUCUUGAUGAUUCAGCGGCUGUGACUUUGAUGAGUGCAGAUGUUGAACGCUUAAUCUUAGGAUUGAGAGGGCUUCAUGACCUAUGGGCGAAUGUAUUGCAGUUUGCACUAGCAAUAUACGUUCUAGAAUCUAGAACUGGUUGGGCAUGUGUAGGACCAAUCAUAGUGAUCUUGGCAACUGUCGCAAUCGUUGUUAGCUUGACAUCCUUCGCAACCAAAGUACAAAUGGAAUGGCUACAGAAAAUUAAAAGAAGAAUUGGCAUCACAUCAGACAUGCUUGGGCAUAUGAAAGGUAUUAAGAUGUUAGGGUUAACACAAAAGUUGCAUGAUCUUAUUCAGAAGCUCCGCGGCGAUGAAUUAAAACGAGCAGAGACUUUUUGGAAGCUGCAGGCAGUAACCGGCGCUCUAGCAUUUGCCCCCCAGGCUUUGAGUCCUGUUGCUACCUUUGCAUUCUAUGCUGUCGUCUCAGCCAAAGAGGGUUCCACACUUGAUGCUCCGCGAUUGUUUUCCUCUCUGGCGCUAUUAACUCUUCUCACGCAACCCUUGUUUGCCUUGAUCGGUGAUCUUCUCGAGUUUCGCACAACAUUCGGAUGCGUAGAUCGGAUUGAGAAAUAUCUCAUUACGGAAACACGAACGGAUCAUCGUCUAGCCGUUGCUUCGAACGCCACCGCAUCAUCAUAUUCGUCUUUCCCUGAAUCUGGCCAAUCUCAUGCAUGGCAGGCUGGGACUGAUGACAUAGAGCUGCUGCAUGAGCCCCGAGGUUUCGGUACUCGAAAUGUCAUAUCGGAAGUUGUGCGUAUUGAGGCUGGAUCCUUCGCAUGGUCUAAGGAUUCUCAACCAGUAUUGCAUGAUAUCAACCUCGCAGUUCAAAGAUCCCAGCUCACGAUGCUAAUCGGUCCGGUGGCUUCAGGGAAAUCAACUCUUCUAAAAGCAAUGCUGGGAGAGACCGCUAGCUCUAAAGGCUUUGUAUAUGUCUCGGAAAAGGAAAUCGCAUAUUGCGAACAGACACCCUGGCUGACUAAUGCAUCUGUUCGAGAAAACAUCAUUGGCUUCUCCAAUUUUCAUGAAGAACUUUACGACGACGUGAUCUACAGUUGUGACCUCGAGCAGGAUAUUCGGACCUUUCCGAAGGGCCACAACACUCUUAUUGGAAGCAAGGGUAUCUCCCUAAGCACAGGACAGAAGCACAGAAUUGCCAUUGCCCGUGCUGUAUACGCCAGAAAGAGCUUUGCAGUGUUCGAUGACGUUUUCAGUGGCCUCGAUGUAAACACCCAGAAGAACGUAUUUACUCGCCUCUUUGGUUCCAAUGGCCUUCUCCGCAAGUGGAAUACGACAGUUUUGAUCGCCACACAUGCAGUGAACCUAUUACCCUUCUCAGACUUUGUGGUCGCACUUUCGAAAGACGGUACGGUCGCCGAGCAAGGAAAUUUCCAAUCGCUCAACCAAAAGAACGGUUAUGUUCACAAAUUCUACCAGGAGCAGUCCAAAGAACAAUCCGAUAUUGUUGAAGACCUUCCACUCAACGACAGGAAUACUACCUCGACUGGGAUGCUACAGCCAAUUGCGGUAAGCAAUGAGGAAUCACUUGACGACAAGAGUAGACAGCUAGGCGACUGGUCCGUUUACAAGUAUUAUUUCCGAACCGUAGGAAUGCCGGCCACAUUUGUAUUUGUGUCACUAGCGUGUGGUUGGGCCUUUCUCACGGCUUUCCCAACUGUAUGGUUGAAAUGGUACGCCGAUGCAAAUAUACGAGAGCCAAACAAACAUAAUGGCUAUUAUCUAGCUAUCUAUGCUGUGCUUCAGGUACUUCUUUUACUCGAUAUUGGAUUUCUAGCAUGGUUCACGUUUAGUGUGUUGGCCAAAAGAUCUGGCCUUCGACUCCAUCAAGUUAUGAUCAAAAGUGUGAUGCGUGCUCCGAUGUCAUUUUUCAGCAAAACGGAUAUAGGAAGUAUCACUACUAGAUUUAGUCAGGAUAUUCAACUGCUAGAUUCUUCGCUGCCAAUGGCAAUGAUGGUAGUAGCAGGAGGGUUCCUGGGAUCUUUCGCCCAAAUCGGCCUCAUCGCUUCUGCAGCCUACUACAUCAGCGCAGCAUUUCCCGUUCUCUUUGGUGUUUACUUCUUCAUUCAAAGUUACUACUUACGAACCUCUCGACAAAUGCGAUUCUUGGAUCUCGAGGAAAAGGCACCUGUCUAUACGCAAUUCCUUGAAUCACUGAAUGGCCUGACUACGAUUCGCGCAUUCGGCUGGCAAAAUAAAUCCAUCAUAAAGAAUCACACUUUGGUGGACAGGUCACAAAAGCCAUUCUACCUAAUGUACAUGAUUCAGACAUGGCUUAAUCUCGUAUUGGAUCUUGUCACAACUGGUCUUGCCAUCUUGGUAGUCGGAAUCUCGGUUAAGAUGAGAAAUACCGUCUCGGUCGGAUUUACUGGUGUCAGUCUAACCCAGAUUAUCUCCUUCACGUACAACCUCAAACUGUCAAUUAUGUUUUACACUCAGAUGGAGACAAGCAUUGGCGCAGUAGCGCGUAUCAAGAAUUUCGAGUCUGAGACUGCAGACGAAAACCUUGCAACGGAGGACUCUCAACCGCCACCUGAGUGGCCGGCUAGAGGUAAUGUCGAGGUUAAGAAUCUCACCGUAUCCUAUGGUACCGACUCAGAUCGCAAAGCUCUGGAUAACAUAAGCCUCUCUAUUUCCGCAGGUACGAAAUUCGCCAUUGUAGGGCGCACCGGCUCCGGCAAGUCCACAUUUCUGCUCUCGCUAUUCCGUAUGAUCGAGAUCACAUCCGGUGCCAUCACCAUCGACGGACUCGACGUCUCCACAAUCCAACGCCAACAGAUACGCUCCCGUCUCAAUGCCAUUGGCGAAGACCCUUACUUCAUCACCGGCAGCAUCCGCCUCAACCUCGACCUUUACGGCCAAGCCAGCGAUGACCAGCUCCGCGCGGUCCUCGAAAAGGUCCGUCUCUGGCCCGUCAUUGAAGCUAAAGGAGGUUUGGACAGCGAAUACGAAGCCGACAUGUUCUCCCACGGCCAAGUCCAGAUCUUUGCUCUGGCACGCGCGCUUCUACGUCCCGGAAGGAUAGUCGUCAUGGAUGAGGUUACUAGUGCUGUUGACCGCGAGACAGAUGCGCUCAUGCAGAGUUUGAUCAGGGACGAGUUCAAGGAUAGGACGCUGAUUACCAUUGCUCAUCGGGUUGAUACGAUUAGAGAUUAUGAUUGCGUUGUGGUGUUGGGAGAGGGUAAAGUGGUUGAAUGUGGAAGACCAGAGGCCCUGAUUGCGACUGAGGGGUCUGUGUUUGGGGACAUGGUUCGGAAGGGUUCGUAGACAAAGAGCAUCGUUGUUUGUUGGGGAAUUUGAAGAAGACCAAAGAAUGCCAGGUGGACAUGAACCGUUCGAUUUCUACUUCUAUUGAUCUUUUUGAAAGACUGCCUACCUAAUAGGGAUUCACCUCUUUGACUUCACCUGAUGCAAAUUCAGGUAAUUAAUGGAGCGAAGCCUUGUUAUUCGACAGUGUCAAUGGUAUUAAGCACAGCAGAUUCAAUACGCUAUGAACAUCUAAAAGGGUUAAGCGAAUCAUGGGAUAGAAGAAGAUACCGUCGCCAUAAUAUACAAAUGCGGUCGGCAUUACAGAGUGCUCCGCGAUUGU